AUGACGCUUUUCAACCCGACCACCGUCCUCGUCGGUUUCCUCCUCCUCUACCUCUCCUCGUUCCUGAUCUUCGCCAUCGUCCGCAUCGCGACCGGAAUCUCCAUACAACGGAUCGGAUAUCUCUCCCUCCGCCGCAUUGCGUACGCUCCCAAGGAAGGCGUGUUGAUCGAGCUUCGGGGCCUGGGCCUGUCGUUACACCCCCCUUCUUUUGCUCAACCGACAUGGCUGAGCCUCCGAUUGACCGAUUUGAAGGUGACGCUGGACCCCUCGGUACUAGGGAAAAACCAAGGAAAUGCGAAGAAAGCCGACGUGUCGGAACCCCAAAGCUCGGAGGAGCUCGGUAGCUCGCAAGAGGGCGAGGAGGACUCCUCUCUUCCUCAUCGGAGUAAGACAUGGAAGACCUUAACGGGACUAAAGGAACACGUGAAACGACUCCAUCGCAAAAUACACUGGUUGAAGUUGGUGGACAUUGUGGCUGUCAACACUACAGUCAAUUUUCUCGAGGCUGGUCAAAUCCAGGUGGGAUCUCUGUCCCUGGCAGUGGAUACGAGGCGCAAGAUGGUGGACAGAGGAAAGGUGUUUCGGCGCAAGAAGGACGAGUCCGGCGAGCAACAUCCCGCCGAGUGGAUUAUGACGGUGCAAAAUGUCCUGCUUUCUGUUGACGGCAGAGAACCCACGGAAUUACUGGAUAAUCUCGGAGUGAAUAUACACGGGCUCCUUCACAAGGAUAUGGAGGGCUUAAGGGAUGCCUCUAUUGCUGUCAAAAUCGGGAGAAUGCAUAUUCCGUACGACGACCUGACGACACUCAUGCAACGGAUUAAGAAAUUCCGACAGUCUUUGAAAGAACCCUCGGACGACGACCUGGAAGAUGAGGUGACCUUUGCGGAUAUUGUGGAGGAGUUAGAUCGGCCUGGAAGUCGCGACGAUACGAUUGUUCAGACAGUCGCAGAUUCAAAGGAGUUCGCCAGUUCUCUCCUUCGCGGAAUUCAAGAAAUCCAGAUAGCUUUGAGUUUCUUCCGACUGUCUCGAGCCAUCCAACCGUCUUCGGCAAAGCAGAAUUCCGUGUACUUGAACGUCGUGUCUCAUGAACUGGGGGUCGAUCUCCAUCGCAUGGACCAGAAAAGCCCGGCCCAUCGCAUGUACUUUCAGCGCAACGACGUUGCCCACCAAGCUCUUCUUGCCGCCAUAUCCUUUUCAGUUAGCCUGGAUGACAGCUCGGGCGAAACAGACAAUAUUCUCUACAUCCCAAUGGCGACUACCACUAUCAAGACUACGCUUCCUUCGAAAACAAUCAGCUCAUACGAUGAACGGAAUCCGGAGGACCGAAACACUAACAUCCUGUUUGCGAACUUAGUGGUCACUUCUCCUUCGCUUGAUCUGGAGCCAAGACACGUCUCUCGCCUGUUGGGAUUGGCUCAGGACAGGGCUUCCACUUCUCGUGGAAAGAAGAGAAACAACCAUAGGCUGAUCUCCCGACUGCUACCGAAAGCGAGCAUCAAGCUUUCUGUGCAUGAGCCUGUGAUUCGAUUUGUCCUUCCGAUCUCUGAUGAUACAUCCGCCAAACCCGAGGAUGAUUACAACCUCCUCAUCUCCUCCAUCUCCUCCAUCUCACUUGAUAUUGAAUCCUCUCAUUCCACCGAAGGCGGCGUACAUUAUUCACUUUCGUCCGUCUAUCGGGUCGCGUCUCAUCAGUUGUAUUACCAGACACCCUCCGGGGUCAAGCAUAAUUUACUAACCACGGAGAACCUGGAAAUGAAGGUGCAUUUGAGUGCCUCUCCCGAGGUGCGAGUGAUUGCCUCAGGAAGCCUGAACACGUGCUCCGCCCACAUGGUGAACGGUGACGUGAAUCGUGGGAUUCAACAGGUUAUCGAGCAGUUCCAGGCCCAGGUUCGGCCGAAGAAAAGAAUGUCUAUGUCGCUUGAGGAGAAAAAGCCUAGUAUUCUUAGAAGGAUUCCUUCUUGGCUGCUCCGCCUCCAGUUCGAAGCAACUGGCUUGAGCUUAGAAAUUGCUGGCGUUGAUGCUAGCGUGUCUGAGGCGUCUCGUGGCGUGUCUUUACAACUCCAGUCAUGGACCGCAGAUUAUAAGGCUCAAAAGACCGUGUCUAAUAAUAUUAGCUUCGCCCGGCGGCGUACCCCAAGCCAUUCUACCAUUGGCGACGAGUCUCCAUUCAGGUUCCCGCCGACAUCUCCACCCCGCCAGACGCAACACGGUGCUGCUGACGGAAGACGGUUGGCGCUGCACAUACGAGGCUUUGAAGGCUUUGUCAUAGAGUCAGAAGACUACCUGGAAGCCGAGCCGUUUAUCUCUUUGCCCAGAUUUGAAGUGGCCCUGAGCACGCUGAGCGAUCGCCUUGGGCCUAUAUUUAACAUUAAUUCCGUCCUGAAAGGUGUUUACCUUCAGUAUUCUCUCUAUCGUUUAUACUGCCUUGGGGUUGCUGUUUCUGUCCUCCAGAAGGCUUUCGUGCGGCAGUCGCCUGAAUCGUCCAGCCAGACAGCAUCUUCAUGGGAAGCAAUGGGCCCUGCACCCACAUCUCCACCCCGCAAAACUGCACAGCGAAGUGAGCUGGUCACGGUCGAUGCGAGAGCCACCGUCAUCCAAAUAAAAACUUCCAUGCCAGCGGAUCCUCCGAUGCUAUUACAAAUAUAUGGGUUGUCCGCUGGUUCCCAUAGACUCUCUGCCCCCUUUGUAAGAGCUCAUCUGGUCCGUCUGCAUGCAGAGGCGCCCAAGUUGAAGGGUGUCUGGGCACGGAUCAUUAGCAUGAACAAUUUCAGACUUGACCUCCGGACAUUGAAACUGAAGCAGGCUGCCGGUUUGAUCGAGGAGAAGUCUAUCGAUGUCUGGGCCGAUUUCAUUCGCAUCGGCGUGCCACAUCAUAUGGUCAUGCAUCGCAUAUUCGAUAAUGUCAUCAACACAUCAAAGGCGCUCAAACAACUCCACUACCGCUUUAAAAACAAUUGCUCAGAUUUUCCUUCGGAAAGAGAUCCGGAGGAGCCAAAGAAAGUACCAAGGGUCACUGUGCGCAGCAAAGCAUUGCUUUUCGAAUUGGAAGACGACGCCUUUGAAUGGAAGUUAGGCUGUAUAUACCGGACGGGUCUCCUCGAGCAACGUCAGCGCCUGGCUCGCCAAGAAGCCUUCGAGCUGAAAGUGCAAAAGAUUAAGGAAUCUGGGCAGCGACGUGGCUCUUCCAGAUUACGAACCAGAUCUAGCCACCGAACACUUCGCAGUGAACGUGCAAGCCAAGACACCAGACGAAGCAAAAGUGCCGACCCGAAGCCACGGGCCGACGAUAGCCCUGGCGGCAAACGCGGACGAGGCAAAAAGUUUCGAUACGACACCGAGGGUGCAGCUUGCCUUUCUUCCGAGUCUAAAAUCUCCACAGACAAUGCUUGGUAUCGUCUGCAAGAACAUCAUGCGCGGAGCUGGAAAAAGAAAAUCGAUGCUACCCUGCGGUUCCAAGGCACAUCUAUCAAGGAGGUGAGGAACCUUUUCUCCGGGGCUGAUGAGCCUCCCGAAGAUGUCGAGGAGACUGAGACGGUGCUUUCCAUCCCGAACCGACCUGCCCUACUGGCAGCUUUGAUAAGCGACAUCAAUCUUACUAUAGACAAGCCGUUCUUUCCGCUGGAGGAAUACCCCGAAUUUCUCCACAGGAUUGGCAAGGGUAUACCUUUGUCGACGCAAUAUGCACUUCUCGUUCCGAUGAGCUUUCAGCUGGAGAUGGGAGAAGCUCGUGUCAAUUUGCGAGAUUAUCCAUUGGACUUGCUGCACAUUCCGGCAUUGCGACCUGGCCAAUCUCCAAGGCUACCAAGUUGGUCACUUCGAACAAACUUCGUCAUCGCCGAAGAGUACCGUGAUCAAACGUCAGCCAGACAAGUUCAAGUUGAGCUUGUUCCUUCUACCGAACUUCCAGACGGGUCUACCAGCCCCGCGUUCUUGAUCGAUGUCUGGCGAUCCGUGAGUCCAGUAAAGACUUAUUCUGAUCCUACCAUCCAGAUCAACACUAGUCUCCCAACAAGCAUUUCAUGGGGCAUGUCCUAUCAGCCAGUGGUUCAGGACAUGAUGAAGAUCAUAGAAGGAUUUACCAAACCAGAGAUCGAUCCCUCCGAUAGGGUAGGAUUCUGGGAUAAGAUCAGACUGAGUUUCCAUUCUCGGAUCAGAGUCGUUUGGAAGGAAGACGGUGAUGUCCAUCUACGGCUCAAAGGGUCUCGUGACCCGUACGUGGUUACAGGCUUCGGUGCUGGUUUCGUAAUGUGCUGGCGCAAGGAUGUCAAAUGGGACAUUCAUACCAGCGACGACCCAAUGGAGUUUAUGAGCGUCACCAGUGGGGAGUAUGUGAUGGCCAUUCCAGACUACAGCCAUGAAGCACGAUACAUGGCCGAAGUCACGGCGCAGGAUCUGGAAAGCUCGUCUUCGUCAAGCGACUUGAAGAAUGCGGCCCACUUCAAAAAAGUAGUCAUGAAGCUUUCUGGCGACGUGAAAUGGGUGGCCGGUCUCGUCUUCGAACGAAAUGUAGACGAGGGCAAAAGAUCGUUUGAGUUCAGACCGCACUAUGAUAUUGUGCUUCGGAAUCCUAUCCAUGUCGAUCCUUCCCAACGAGAGGACUAUGAUGCCUACAAAGGUUUUCGAAGCAACCAUAUCCACUUGUCCGUUGCUGUUGUUGCCCCAGAAAGUAGAAACUGGAGUGUCGACCACGUUCAGCCUUCCACGAGCUACAAUACCGUCCAUCUCACACCGCGAUUUUUCACGCACUUCUUCAACUGGUGGUCGCUCUUUUCCGGCGUCAUGUCGCUGCCUGUGCGUCAAGGUCCUCUUUGGCCUGGUAUCACGAAAACUAGCAAAAAGUUCAAUCGCCAUCUUGCCACUGUCAAAUACAAGUUACUCUUUGCUCCCCUCUUUGUGGCACAUAUUUACAAACACAAGGACCGUGAAGACUAUGCCGAAGAUGUUGUCACCGCUACCGGCAUUAAAGUUCGCUUGGAUAGUCUGAAGCUGGAUGUCCAUCAGCGUCGCGAACAGAUCAAAACCCAGGCCAAGGGACGUCUGAGGCAAACCCAGGCCAGCGCGAUGCGGAUUAACCAAGCCCAGUUGGACCUACAGGCCGCAGACUUCAGAGCCGUCUCUGCAAGCAUCGAAGGAACUAAUCUCGAUGACAUAGAGAACAACAAGGACGACAUCAUCUCCUCAUUCCAGCAGCCUGUGGCGUCUGUUGACCUGUCAAGGUUCACCAUUCCAGACCAAAACCUCGAUUGGAUUGACAUGGAUGACUUUGUGGAAUUGGAUUGGAUUCUCCCUCAAGAGUCGAACCCUCGAACGCAGAUUUUGCCCUUGGCAUUCACACCGCGGUUCACCUACUUCCGCCAAACGGAUCAUGGCAACUUGAGCCCGGAUGAAUCGGGAUAUAGCACGUUUGGAAACGAGCCCACCCACGAAUGUGUCAUGUCCGAGAACAACGACCCUCGACGAGUGCAAAUGGAACUUAUCAGAGACCGUCUUGCUACCGUCGAGGCACAGAUCCGGGAGUGUGACCGAACAAUCGGUGACCAAGAGCUCCGAAUGGCCAUGGAAGUUGAGCAUGACCCGGAUUUGAGGGCGCAGCAUAAUGAUUACAUUAGACAAGCCGAGACCUUAACAAGGAGGCGAGGCUUCCUCUCUGGCGGACUACAACGUCUUGAACGGCAGCUUGCCCGGGACGAGAGGUCGCCCACGGAGAAGAAUCCGGAGAUGAUUGCAAGCGAUACCGCUUCCAGACUCGGCAGGGACUCUGAUUCAACCAACGAUGGCAGAGAUGUUGACCUUGACGGCCUCUAUUCGUCUCCCAACGAUGAAUUUGCUAGCGACUUCAACAACCGGUUUAUGAUCCACAAUACGCAGCUCAAGUGGAACAAUUCCCUCAGAAAUAUUAUCCUUCGUUAUAGUCACCAGGUCAGCCAGCGACGUGGGUUUGUUUAUUACAUGUCACGACGAGCUGUCAAGUUUAUCCUGGACAUAGUCGAUGAGCAGAGCAAAAACAAGCACAGACACUCCAAGCUGUCGCAAAGCGCGUCAAGGCGACCUUCUGAUGCUCGGGGCUUAGUGGACUCGGAAGAUGACGAUAGUGUGGAAGAUCGCAUCGAGCAGCUGCUAAGCGAUGCAAAGCGGUUUGUGAAUGCGGAAGAGGAGGACCAGUCGGACCAGCAAGGCCAGACUAAGCCCAUGUCAGAUGGCUCCAGCGACAACAUAUCGCCAGAAUUUACGCCGCAAAACAGUUACCACCUGCGACUCAUUGCACCUCAGAUCCAGCUUCAGAGCGAGAAAAACCACAAAUCCGUGCUGCUCGUUGCAGCUAAGGGCAUGCAGCUCAAGGUUGUAUCGAUCAUGGACAAAGAGCGUGUAUCUGAUGACAUCAGCGGUCUGGUACAGCGUCGCUUCUCCCUCGACAUGGACGGGGCCCAGUUCUUUGUUGCAACCCAGAAGAACUUGAUGACACAUCUGCAGUUCUAUGCUGGCAACAAAUACGGCAACUCUCCUGGAUCGGCCUGGCCACCUUGGCUGACCCUCGAGGCUAUGUUUGACUUCGAGCUUAACCCGUUUGGCUUCUCGAGAAUUAUACAAAAGACCUCGGCCAGCUUACGCUACGAUAAGUACAACAACCUCCGCCUCAAGUAUAACGAGGAGGUGGCCAAGGGACAGCGUCAGUCGGGCCAGCAGAACGUUCCAGAUGGACAGGAAACGAGAAUGGACCAGAUCAGCGUGGAUUUCCCCCACUUCCGUGCUAUUUGUGACUCAGCCGAGUACUAUUCGAUGUACAUCAUCGUUUUGGAUCUACUCCUCUACAGUGAACCCUUGGAGAAGGUACGGAAUGAGCGUCUCGAGAGGAUCAUGCUUAGUUCCGACUUUAGCGAUCUCCGUGGUGCACCCGAAAUGGUCUUCAAGCUGCAGUCGCGUAUCAGACAGUUGGAGGAGAUCAAGGAGCAUUUCCAAAUCCACGCGAAGUAUCUGGAUAAAAAGGGCUGGGAAGACCGUCUGGUCCUGGAGAACGAUCUGACCCAGUGUGAAGAUGAGCUAUUCUUCCUAAUGAAAGCCAUCACAACGUCUCAGCGCAAGAUCGAGCCGACAAUGUCUGGAGCGACUGGUAUCCUACGCUGGAACAUCUCGGCAAGCGAAGUUGUGUGGCAUCUCAUGAAGGACGAGUCGGAGCCGCUGGUCGAGUUCCAGCUUAGGAAUGCCGAAUAUGACCGUACCGACAACAGCGAUGGUUCGAACCACAAUCUGGUGGCAGUUGAACGACUGUAUGGUUUGAACCUCCUUCCAGAUGCCAUAUACCCGCAGAUCAUUGUGCCAUAUCUCGACCAGACCAAGCACAUGGAUGUCCCAGAUGAUCACAUGAUCAAAGUCAGUUGGCAUAUGCUUGAGGCUGUUGCAGGUAUUCCGGUUCUGGAUGACUUCGAGGUCUCACUAUUUCCUCUCAAGAUUCAAUUGGAACAUGAACUCGGCCAAAAGGUGUUUGAGUACAUAUUCCCCAAUGUGGGCUCAACUGCAUUCGAAAAUGGCGGCUUCUCGCCCUUCAUGAUCAAGAACAUGAAGCCGGUAGACAACUCCGAUUCGGAGGAUGAUGAAGAUACGAGCUCAACUUCACCCCCGACAGCACACGGGAGCAGUGAUCCUUCGGUCGAAGACCUGCAGUUCUCCAAGGGACCCGGCGCUAUCGAACUCCGACUACACCCGACCCUGUCGCUAGCUGAGGAGGCCAGGCCUCGAACACAGCGCUCCCAUCAUCUGAAGGGCCUGGCCAUGACGCCUAUAAACAAGGAACUUCCUCGACCCAGCUCAUCCCGCCAGCUCGCGCGCCCGGCAACUAGUGUUGGUGCUUUGACAAAGAAGAGAUCGGUUGACAGCAUGCGCGUAUUGUCGCGGCAACCUACAGAGAAGACCCUUGUGAACGGCUCAAACACCAACCUUAAUGAAGACAAGGGCAAGAAGUUCAGUCUGGCCAAGAGGAGCGGGAAAUCCAAAGAGACUACCGAUGAUCUAACGCAGAUGAUGUCACGUGCAUCGAAUUACAUGACUUUGGCUCAUAUCAAAGUUCAUGACGUGGUGCUUUGCUUGAGCUACAAGGGUAAAGGCGAUCACAACCUGGAAGAUCUUCACGACUUCGUUUUCCGUUUGCCGGUUCUGGAGUAUCGGAACAAGACCUGGUCGAAUUUGGAUCUUGCCUUAAGGUUGAAGAAAGAUGUGAUCAAAGCCCUCAUCUCUCAUGCACCCGCCAUUCUUGGGAAUAAGUUCUCGCAUCACCGGCCCAACAAACAGCAGCAGAAACGAUACCGUGAGCUUGCGAGUUCAACCCAGAUUCUGCAAAAUUCAGAUACCGCCACGCUGUCGGACAAGAGCCAUAGCCUCGCAAGCCAGGACUCGAACAGCGAAUACUCCGAGUCACGCUCACAGAGAUCUGUCCAGUCGGGUACUUCUCCGCUUGUGCGAUCCAACUCUUUGGGAUCCAGCACCCUUAGUACGCCCGAUCCGGGUCUAUUAGCAUCCGAUGCUCGCUCUGCGAGUGAAGUAGAUGUGGAUGCCCGCUGGGAGCAAUCUCGCCGAAUAGUGAACCCUCCCAACCGGCCCAUGACAUCGGGUACUACCAUUGCCCGCUCCCAGACCAAACGAUGGGACGGGCCUGAUGAGAGUCAUAAAAUGACGAUUCGUAACUUCGGUCGCAAGUUGAUGCCGUCUCGAAAAAACGGGUAA